AUGGGGAUGAUGGGGAUGAUAGGGGUGAUGGGGAUGAAGGGAGGGAUGGAGAUGAUGGAGGUGAUGGGGAUGAUGGAGAUGAUGGGGGUGAUGGGGAUUAAGAGAAUGAUGGAGAUGAUGGAGAUGAUGGGGAUGAUGGGGGUGAUGGGGAUGAAGGGGCUGAUGGAGAUGAUGGGGAUGAUGGGGGAUGAUGGAGAUGAUGGAGAUGAUGAGGAUGAUGGGGUUGAUGGGGAUGAUGGGGAUGAUGGGGGUGAUGGGGAUGAAGGGAGUGAUGGAGAUGAUGGAGGUGAUGGGGAUGACGUGGAUGAAGGGGGUGAUGGGGAUGAAGGGGCUGAUGGAGAUGAUGGAGAUGAUGGGGGUGAUGGGGAUGAUGGAGAUGAUGGGGAUGAUGGAGAUGAUGGGGAUGAUUGGGGUGAUAUGGAUGUUGGGGGUGAUGGGGAUAAAGGGGAUGAUUGGGUUGAUGGGGAUAAAGGGGGUUAUGGGGGUGAUGUGGAUGAUGGGGAUGAUGGGGAUGAUGGAGAUAAUGGAGAUGAUGGGGGUGAUGGGGAUGAAGGGGAUGAUGGGGAUGAUGGAGAUGAUGGGGGUGAUGGGGAUGAAGAGGGUAAUGGAGAUGAUGGAGAUGAUGGGGAUGAUUGGGGUGAUGGGGGUGAAGGGGGUGAUGGAGAUGAUGGAGAUUAUGGGGGUGAUGGGGAUUAUGGGGAUGAUGGAGUUGAUGGAGAUGAUGGAGAUGAUAGGGAUGAUGGGGAUGAUGGGGGUGAUGGGAUGAAGGGGGUGAAGGGGGUGAUGGAGAUGAUGGGGGAAGAUGGGGGUGAUGUGGAUGAUGGGGAUGAUGGAGGAGAUGUGGAUGAUUGGGGUGAUGGGGAUGAUUGGGUUGAUGAUGAGGGGAAUGAUGUGUCUGAUGAGGAUGAUGGGUGUGAUGGGGAUGAUGGAGAUGAUGGAGAUGAUGGGGUGAUGGGGAUGAUGGGGGUGAUGUGGAUGAUGGAGAUGAUGGAGAUGAUAGGGAUGAUGAGGAUGAUGGGGGGAAGAUGGGGUGAUGUGGAUGAUGGGGAUGAUGGAGGAGAUGUGGAUGAUUGGGGUGAUGGGGAUGAUUGGGUUGAUGAUGAGGGGAAUGAUGUGUCUGAUGAGGAUGAUGGGUAUGAUGGAGAUGAUGGAGAUGAUUGGGAUGAUGUGGAUGAUGGGGAUGAUGGGGAUGAUGGAGAUAAUGGAGAUGAUGGGGGUGAUGGGGAUGAAGGGGAUGAUGGGGAUGAUGGAGAUAAUGGAGAUGAUAGGGGUGAUGGGGAUGAAGGGGCUGAUGGAGAUGAUGGAGAUGAUGGGGGUGAUGGGAAUAAAGAGGAUGAUGGGGGUGAUGGGGAUUAUGGGGACGAUGGGGAUGAUGGAGAUGAUGGAGAUGAUAGGGAUAAUGGGGGUGAUGUCGGUGAUGGGGACGUUGGGGGUGAUAGGGAUAAAGGGGAUGAUGGGGAUGAUGGAUAUGAUGGCGGUGAUGGGGAUGAUAGGGAUGAUGGGGUUGAUGGGGAUAAAGAGGGUAAUGGGGGUGAUGUGGAUGAUGGGGAUGAUGGAGAUGAUGGAGAUGAUGGGGGUGAUGGGGAUGAAGGGGCUCAUGGAGAUGAUGGGGAUUAUGGAGAUGAUGGAGAUGAUGGGGAUGAAGGGGGUAAUGGGGGUGAUGGAGAUGAUGGGGAUGACGGGGGUGAUGGGGAUGAUGGGGAUGAUGGAGGAGAUGUGGAUGAUUGGGGUGAUGGGGAUGAUGGGGUUGAUGAUGAGGGGAAUGAUGUGUCUGAUGAGGAUGAUGGGUGUGAUGAGGAUGAUGGAGAUGAUGGGGUGAUGGGGAUGAUGGGGGUGAUGGGGAUGAUGGAGAUGAUGGAGAUGGUGACGGUGAUGGCAUUUUUGGAUGGCACAUUUGGCAUAUAA